CGAAAACGGAAAGUAGGUUCUCACAGGAGGAAUUCUUUCGCAGUGGCAUUAGUAGAAGACUGGAUUUAGUUGCUCUGCCGUGUGAGCUGUACUGGAACAGGGUGCAUGGACACUGUGAGAAUGAGUGUGAACGAGAAGGGGGGAUACCUGGUGGACAUUGGAGGCAGCUUCACUGAGGAUGCCCCCAGACCCCCGGUCCCUGGGGAGGAGGGGGAACUGGUGUCCAGCGAUGGCAGGCAAUAUAGCCACGGUUUUUACUCCUCCAAAAGCGAGAGCCUCAAGAGCGAGGCCUCCACGGCUACGCCCAGAAGGCCUGACCUGGACCUGGGCUACGAGCCAGAGGGCAGCGCCUCUCCAACACCCCCCUACCUGAAAUGGGCCGAAUCUCUGCACUCUCUCCUGGACGAUCAAGAUGGGAUCCACCUGUUCAGGACUUUCUUGAAACAGGAGGAGUGCGCCGACAUGUUGGACUUCUGGUUCGCCUGCAGCGGCUUCCGGAAACUGGAGGCCAACGAAGGCAACGAAGACAAGAAGGUGAGGUUAGCGAAAGCGAUCUACAAAAAAUAUAUCUUGGACAAUAAUGGGAUAGUUUCCAGACAGAUCAAACCAGCCACAAAGAGCUUCAUCAAAGACUGCGUGAUGAAAUUGCACAUCGACCCCGCUAUGUUUGACCAAGCUCAGACUGAAAUCCAGACCAUGAUGGAGGAGAACACCUACCCUUUGUUUUUGAAAUCGGACAUUUAUUUGGAAUAUACCAGGACGGGAGGUGAGAGCCCCAAACUGUACAGUGACCAGAGCUCCGUGUCGGGGAACGGCAAGGUGUUGCCUGGGUAUUUGCCGACUCUGAACGAGGACGAGGAGUGGAGGUGCGAGCAGGAGCCGGAGGAACAUCCAGAGAGCGACCCCACCCCCAGUAAUCGGCUCACCCAGAAGCUGCUUCUUGAGACGGCCCCUCAGCGCGUGGCCAGCAGUAAGAGAUACCAGGAAGGCCAGGAGUACAGACAUGCGCAGUGGAGAGAACCCAUCAACCCUUACUACGUCAACACAGGCUAUGCCUUGGCUCCCGCAACCAGUGCCAACGAUAGUGAGCAGCAGAGCAUGUCCAGUGACGCAGACACACUCUCCCUGACCGACAGCAGUGUAGAUGGGGUUCCACCGUACAGAUACCGCAAACAGCAUCGAAGAGAGAUGCACGAGAGUGCCAAAGCUAACGGGCGUGUGCCACUACCUCACAUUCCUCGCACAAACCGGAUGCCAAAGGAUAUUCACGUGGAGCCAGAGAAGUUUGCGGCCGAGCUGAUCAGCAAGCUGGAGGGAGUGCUGAGAGAGCGGGAGGCGCAGGAGAAGCUGGAAGAACGACUCAAGAGAGUCCGACUGGAAGAGGAAGGUGAUGAUGCAGAUGUCUCCUCAGCGCCCUCUUUGACUAGUCAUAGACUGCCCCCUGCUGUGCAUACGCAGCACUACAGUGCUCGCUACUCCGACAUGAGCUACAACGGCCUGCAACUGCGUGACGCGCACGAGGAGAAUCCCGAAAGCAUCCUGGACGAACACGUCCAGCGCGUCAUGAAGACGCCCGGCUGCCAGUCGCCCGGCACGGGCCGCCACUCGCCCAAGUCCCGCUCUCCGGACGGGCUGCCCGCGGGCAAGAUGCCCGGCCUCAUGAUGCCGCCGUCGGGCGGACAGGGCAAGCACCAGGCCAGGCUGGGGCCCAAAGGCGACACCGCGCACAUGUACCAUCACAAACACCACGUCCACCAUGCCAUGGGCGGCAAGCCCAAGGAGCAGGUGGAGGCUGAGGCCGCCAUGAGAGUCCACGGCAGUUUCCCUUGGGGCGUGGAGCAGCACCACUAUGGAUCCAAGUCGCGGAACUACGCCGACGGCAUGCCGAUGGGUGCCGGCCCCAUGGAUCCCAUGAACUAUGGAAGCAAAGGCAGUACGCUGUCGAAACGGCCGUUUAAGAAGGGUGACGACCCUCGCAGCUUCGAGAUGCGAGAAGCCAUGCCUACUGAGGAACUGGAGAGAAACCAAAAGAUCCUUCAGUGGAUGAUGGAAGGAGAAAAAGAGGCUGGGCGCUAUAAGAGGAGUCCCUAUGGCAUCUUGGGGUCCAAGAAAGCCCAGGGUCACGAUGUAUCCAGGCCCAGUUCGGUGGAGCGCCCGGGGGCAGUUCACCCGUGGGUCAGCGCGCAGCUUCGCAACAACGUGCAGCCUUCUCAUCCUUUCAUCCAGGACCCCACCAUGCCUCCCAACCCCGCGCCCAACCCCCUCAUUCAGCUGGAGGAGGCCCGCAGGCGGCUUGAGGAAGAGAAGAAGAAGUCUGGAACCCUGCAGACCAAGCAGAGGUAUGUGAUGGAGGUGAUCCAACGGGGGCGCGCGGCAGUCAGGCCCGCCCUGUUCCCCCCGCUCAACGUGGUGCCCGCUGUCUCCGACACAGAGCUCUCCGAGUCCGAGCACAAAGCGAUGAAGAAGCAGCCGUGUGAGAACAUCACAGUGGCCUAUUACUUCUGUGGCGAGCCCAUCCCAUACAGGACCUCUGUCAAAGGCAGGAUUGUGACUCUGGGACAGUUUAAAGAACUGCUGACCAAGAAAGGGAGCUACAGGUAUUAUUUCAAGAAGGUGAGCGAUGAGUUUGACUGCGGAGUUGUGUUUGAAGAGGUACGUGAGGAUGAGGCGAUCCUGCCCAUUUUCGAGGAGAAGAUCAUCGGAAAAGUGGAGAAGAUUGACUGACGUGAACAUAGAGAAACAGAGAGAGAGAGAGAGAGAAAGAAAAAAAGAGAAAGAUACUGAGAAUGUGGGGGAGGAGAAGAUAGAACUAUCUGUUCUUUGUAGAGAAAGGGAAUGCGUGGUCUGCGUGUGUGUGUGUGUGAGUGCAUGAGACGUGAGAGAGAGAGAGAGUGUGUGAGAGACAGAGAGAGAAA